AUGGCGGACGAGCUCUACGAGGAAUGCGCGAAGAAUCAGCCGAACAUGGAGGUCGUGAGAGAUCUUUGCCGAUCUCACGGGAUUCCAAUGGAUCUUCGUGGGAGAGUAUGGCAGAUCCUCCUCGGGGUUGUCAACAAGAAGGCGAACCUACAAGCCUGGGCGGAAGAUGAUCUUGUGCUGGAGGAUCAGCAGGUGCAGAAGGAUAUGGAGGUUCUGUUGACCAUCUACUGCAAGCGGAGGUCCGUCAAGUACACGCAGGGAUUGAACGAGCUCCUGGCUCCCGUCCUCGACCUUGAGGGCGAGCAGUUCGACAUGAGCGCGGUCUUCAACUGCUUUUAUGCCAUCGUACAGAGGUUCCUUCCUAACACACUCCGCGGCCAUGACCUCAAGACGCUCAGGAGGAGCCUGGAGCUCCUCAGGAUUCUUCUGCGCUACCACCUCCCUGCCCUCUCGGCCUUCCUAGAGGAGGCAGGGAUCCGACCGGACUUCUAUGCCACCGGGUGGCUGGUCACUUUGUUUGCGGGCCAGUGCGAGAUGGAGGUAGUGCACAAGUUGUGGGAUACGAUCAUCUUCAACGACGAUCCCAUCAUGAUCUAUUUCAUCGCCGUCGCUCUCCUCUAUAGGGCUCAGGACAAGCUCUUGUCCUCCGAUGCCGAAGCCGCGGCUGUGGAGCUACGGCAGAUCACGAUCAAGAGCCGGGAGGAGGUGAAGGAGGUCGUCAAUUUGGCAGCAGAAUUGUCUUCAUCUACGCCCCGAAGUUUUCGGAGGACAGUUCAUCGUGCUACCAUCCAGAAUGAGGCGAACGAACACUGGGAUGCUCUACUUACCUCCUGCCCUGCCCUUCUCGUCUCACCGGGCGACCUCGGGCACCUCGUGGGAGGACAAGCGUAUCAGGUCAUCGACUGUCGCACAGCCGGAGAGUUUCAAGCAGGGAGGCUGAAAGGCUCUGUCCUCCUCAAAGCCGCUCCCCGAGCUGAAGAUCAGCAAGAGGCGCUGGCUGCUGCCCUGCAAGAGCUUUCGACCCUCCUCGCUGCCGCCAAGGAGGCAAAGAGGCCAGUCUGUGUGCUCGGGGAAGGGAAGCAGGACGAGGAGACGGUCUCGUUUGUCUGCAGCAAGCUGAUCGCGCAGGGGAUGGACAAAGUCUGCGUGCUGGACGGCGGGUUUCGCUCUUGUGCCCAUGUGCUCCUGGGAGGUGGGAGGUACUUCCAGACGGCUGGAGCUGUGGAGGAGAUGCUGGAGGGGGAUCUUAUCCUAGAGGCCACCUCUGACGUGCAGUCAAGUAGGAGUAGUGAGAGCGGAGAAGCUUUUUCGGAGCGAGCGCCGACAGCAACGGAGAUGGCGAAGGCGAGUAUGGAGGAAUUGGCGGAUUGGGGGAAGGGGGAGGACGAGGAAGGGCUGGAGCUUGCAACCGAGGGGAUUAUCGCGGUGAAGGAAGCAGCCAUUGCGAUGUACAGCGACCCACGAGUUGCUCAGGUUGAGGAGGGGGAAGCGAAGCAGACGCAGAAGGAAGGAGCAGGAGCAGGAGGAAGAGGAGCAGGAGCAGGAGCAGGAGGAAGAGGAGCAGGAGCAGGAGCGGGAGCGGGAGCGGGAGCGGGAGCGGGAGCGGGAGCGGGAGCAGGAGCAGGAGCAGGAGCAGGAGCAGGAGGAAGAGGUGCGGGAGCAGGAGCAGGAGCAGGAGCAGGAGCAGGAGCGGGACCUCUGGCAGCGGAAAAGACGAAGCAGAAGGCGAAACUUUGGGGUCAGCGGGGGCUGGGGAUGCUCAGCGCUGCUGUGUCGAAGGCGACUGGGAAGGCUGCAGAGCUAAAGAUGGAACCCCGCUUUGCGAUCGAAGACGAGGAAGAGGACAUGGGUGACGGCAGGGCGGGGAGAGACGGAGGGGGAGGAGGAGGAGAAGAGGACAAGCUAGACAUUCAGAUCGACUCGCUCAUCAACCUGGCGCACUGGAAGGAGAAACGGUUUACCCACGUCAUCGGCUGCAAGAGACUUGGACCGAAAGGACAAGUCUUCCCUAGGUAUCUGAUCGUCACAGAGAAACAUGUAAUGGAUCUCGAAGCUCACGAGACGAAAGUGAAUGUGGGCAGACUUAAGGCCUGGCAUUCCCUCAUUGACCUUGAGAGGAUGACGAUGAGCGAAGAGGAUCCUGAGCUGCUCACGUUGAUAUUCCGGACGAGGAACGCGGACAAACCGAGAGGAUAUAUCUACUCCAUGGAGAGAGAGAGGAGAGAUGAAUGCGUCGAGGCGAUCGAGGAGAACAAGAACAAGCUGAGAAGUCAGCAGAGGCAGAGCCGGAGGUUGUCUUCUGCAGAAGCGGCAGGGGGCGAGGAGAAGACGCAGGGAGCUGGGGGAGGAGACAAGGAGGACGUGAAAGCAGACGAGGGAGAAAUCAGCUUGGAAGAAGACAUCCCGGACUGGCUGAAGGAGUAG